CUCUAUCACCGACUUAUUUACACCGACGGAAGCGUCUAUAUAUACCGAAAUUCGUUGUUCCCGAUCAUCGGGUUUGGUUGUCGAUGAAUGCUUGGAUAGAGUUUGAUAACGUUAACUCUUCCUGAUAACGUUAGCUCUUCCGGAUUAUCAGGUUUGAUUAUCAAGUUUGGUUGUGAUCAAAGUUUGAUAGUGUUGGGGUCUCUUCUGAUUUUGUGUUUUCUUUUCAGAUUUUGUUGUUUGUCAAGCACACAGAGAACGAGGGAGGGAAAAAAAAAAAAAAAAGGGGGAAGAAGGAAAAGAAGGAGAGAGGGAUCAGAAGUGCCGGUCUUAACUGUGAAUAACGAAGCAGCAGCUGUAAGCGGCUCGGGAUGGCAUCAAACAAUCGAAAGCUGAAGGGAAAAAGAUACUUAAGAAUGAAUGAUGGACCAAAUGAUAAUGAUCAACAAAAUGUGCAGAAUGCAUUGGAUGGUCACACUACUGCUACCUUUUUUGAUAACAAUAUCAAUUGUCGAAUCAAAUCAAGAAGAUGGAUAGAAGUAUUUUUAUUUUUAUUUUUUAAAUAGUGUCUGAAGCGGUGGUUGAGGAUAGCCGGGUAAAGCAACACAAUGAUGAUGGUAUCAAUGUAAUACAACAUCGAGAUAAGCGAGUUAGAAAUAAUCGAGAGACGUCAAAUGUGACAAUGAAGCGAACUACUGUUACUGAGGCUAAUUCGAAUGGUAAUGGUCAGGGUGGAACUGCCCCCUUCCUCCUUCUCACUUUUGGCAAAUUGUAUGCAGGCGAACAUUUACAUUCAUUCGGUCAAGCAAGCUAUCAAAGCACUAGACAAGGUAAUUUUUUUUUUUUUUUUCAAAACUGUAUCUAUUAUACUUAUCAAAAUAGAUAGUUGCAUAUGUCGUUUGACAAAAAGGGAAAUUGUAUUGAUAGGUUCAAUCAUUAGAUAUGAAGAUGCAGGCGACAAUAUUUAUGUUUGUGAUUACUGUGAUGCACUGUUUUGGCUUGAAGAGGCAAUUAAACAAACAUCGACGAAAGUGUCUCCUAUCUAUACAAACUGUUGCAAAAAAGGGAAAAUUAAACUUCCACAUGCUAAACCAACUCCGAAUUUUCUUAGAACAUUAUUAGAUCCAAAUAACGGUCAGGAAAGUAAACUUUUUAGGGAAAAUAUUCGAAUUUAUAAUUCAAUGUUUUCGUUUACAUCAAUGGGAGCAAUAAUUGAUCGAAAAAUAAAUACUGGAUUAGGUCCGUACGUAUUUAAAAUCAGUGGUCAAGUACAUCAUUUAAUGGGUUCUAUAUUGCCAUCUGAGGGAGAAUUUCCUAAAUAUGCACAAUUAUAUAUAUAUGAUACUCAAAAUGAGAUUUAUAAUCGCAUUAAUGCUAUUGAUCCUACCCAUAUGAAUAACAACAUCAAACCAUAUAUAGUUGAAGGACUUAUUAAGAUGUUCGAUGAAAUUAAUGAAUUGGUUAAACAAUUUCGAACGAUAAGAGAUAAAUUUGAAAAUCAGUGUUUACCUUUAUUUACUGUGAAUGUACUUGAUUGUUUACGUACUGAUAGUAAACAAUAUGAAAGACCAACAUCUGAGGAAAUUAGUGGUCUCAUUGUGGGCGAUAUUGGAGAACAUAAUUCAGAGAGAGACAUAAUUAUUGAAUCAAAUAAUAGACAAUUGCAACGAGUUUCGAAAAUACAUCCAAAAUAUAUGUCAUUACAAUAUCCGAUUCUUUUUCCGUAUGGUGAAGAUGGAUAUAAACCAAAUUUAUUGAUGCACAAAACAUCUACAAAUUCCCAACAAAAAAGAGAGAGAAUAUCAAUGCGAAGUUAUAUUACGUAUCAAAUUCAAGACAGACGUAACGUAGAAAAUACUUUAUUACAGGGUGGACGAUUAUUUCAACAAUUUUUAGUUGAUGCUUAUGCAACUGUUGAGGAAGAUCGUUUAGAUUGGAUAAGGAAAAAUCAAAAAAAUUUCCGAAAUGAAAUUCUUAAAGAAAUGUAUACUGCAUCUUCAUCUGGAAUUCAUAAAGGUCAUGACUUAGGACAAAAAAUUAUUUUACCAAGUUCUCAUACUGGAAGUCCUAGAGAUAUGAUUAAUAAUUAUCAAGAUGCUAUGGCAAUUUGCAGACAAUAUGGCAAUCCUGAUUUAUUUAUAACUUUUACUUGCAAUGUUAAAUGGAUAGAAAUACAAAGAUAUUUUAAAAAUGAUCCUAAAUCUAAAAUUGAAGACAGGCCUGAUAUAAUUUCGAGAAUAUUUAACAUAAAAUUACAAAAUAUGAUUACAUAUAUUAAAUCUGGGGAACCUUUUGGACAAGUUGAGGCAGAUGUUUGCACAAUAGAAUUUCAAAAAAGAGGACUUCCUCAUGCUCAUAUGUUGUUUUGGUUAAAAAGAGAUUAUAAAUGUUAUACAGCAGCAGAUAUAGACUCUAUUAUUUCAGCUGAAUUACCAGAUAAAAAUGUUAAUCCAGAACUUUUUGAUAUUGUAAGUCAAUUUAUGAUUCAUGGGCCAUGUGGACAAAUUAAUCCAAAAAGCCCUUGCAUGAAAGAUGGAAAAUGCUCUAAAUUCUUUCCAAAACCAUAUAACACAAAAACUAUAUUCGAAGCUAAUUCACCACCAACAUAUAAACGUAUCAAUGAUGACACAAAAUUCGUUGAAAAAAAUGGCGUUCAUGUUGGUAAUAAUUUUGUUGUACCAUAUAAUUCAAACUUAUUAUUGAGAUACAAUGCUCAUAUUAAUGUUGAAUUAUGUUCCCAAUCUAUGUUAAUUAAAUAUUUAUUCAAAUAUAUUAAUAAAGGUCCAGAUAGAGCUCGAAUUUUGUUACAAGAAAACUUAAAUGAUGAAAUUCAAACUUAUCUUAAUUGUCGUUAUCUAACUCCUCAUGAAUCUGUUUGGAGAUUGUUUGAAUAUCUAAUUCAUUCUAAGCAUCCUGCUGUACAACGUUUACAAAUACAUCUACCGUUAGAACAAAAUGUUAUUUUUAAUGAAUCUGAAUCUCUUGAAUCAAUCAUAGAACGUAAAAGUACAGAAGAUACUACAUUAACCGGAUGGUUUCAAGCAAAUAAAAUUUACCCAGAGGCACGCGAAUUAACUUAUGUAGAAUUUCCAACUAAGUUUGUUUGGCAUGAUCGCACAAAAUGUUGGGCACCAAGAAAACGGUAUGAAACAAUUGGACGAAUAACAUAUAUACAUCCUACAAAAGGCGAACUAUAUUUUAUGAGAAUGUUAUUAAAUAUUCAAAAAGGUUGUAGUGAUUUCAAUUUAAUAAAGACCGUUAAUGAGAUUACAUACCCUUCUUAUCAAGAAGCCUGUCAAGCCUUGGGGUUAUUAGGAGAUGAUAAAGAAUGGAUUGAAGCAUUAACAAAUUCUUCAUAUAUUGCAAUGGCUUCUGAAAUACGCCAACUUUUUGUUACAAUAAUCUUAUUUUGCGAUGUUGCAAGUCCUCAAACAUUAUUUGAUUUACAUUGGUCAAAUAUGUGUGAUGAUAUUUUAUAUAAAGCUAGAUUAGAAACUCAAAAUCCAAAUUUGACCUUACCAGAAUCAGAACUGAAGAACACAUUGUUAUUUGAACUAGAACACCUAUUUAAUAUGUCAUCAAGUUCAUUAAAAGAUCAUCAAUUACCAAUGCCUGAUAAAAAUAAAAUAUUAGAAUUGAAAAAUAAAUUAUUAAAAGAAGAAUUAGAUUAUAACUGUCAAGAAUUAAAACAUUUACAUACAAAUUUAGUUGCUCAGUUAAAUACGUGUCAAAAAAUUGUUUAUGAUGAAGUAAUUGAAGGGAUUGAAAAAAAAACAUGCAACGCUUUUUUUGUUCAUGGUCAUGGAGGAACUGGCAAAACUUUUUUAUGGCAUACAAUAAUAAGUAAAUUAAGAUCUGAAGGAAAAAUUGUUUUAGCUGUUGCAUCAUCAGGAAUUGCUUCAAUAUUACUUCCAAAUGGUAGAACCGCUCAUUCUAGAUUUAAAAUACCUAUUACAAUAAAUAAUUUAUCAAUAUGUCCGAUAAAGAAAGGUACUCAUCUUGCAAAAUUAAUUGAUAGAGCAGAACUAAUUAUUUGGGAUGAAGCUCCAAUGUGUCAUAAACAUUGUUUUGAGUCAUUAGAUAAAUCUUUACGAGAUAUUUUAUCAGAUUCAAAUAAUAUACAAAAAGAUAAACCAUUCGGUGGUAAACCCAUUUUAUUAGGUGGUGAUUUUAGACAAAUUUUACCUGUUAUCACCGGAGGAACUAAAGAACAAAUAAUUGAAGCUUCAUUAAACUACUCAUACCUUUGGCAAUCAUUUAAAGUAUUUCAUUUAACAGAAAAUAUGAGAUUAUCAAAAAAAAAUUUAACUGAUGAGGAUAGAAAAAAUAUUUCAGCUUUUGCAAAUUGGCUAUUACAAAUUGGAGAAGGUAAAAUACAAUCUAUAAAUUAUGAAAAUGAUAUAGAUACAUCAUGGGUUGAAAUUCCAAACGAUAUACUUAUUGAUAAUUAUAUAGAUCCAAUAAAAGCAAUUUUUCUAGCAACUUAUCAAAAUUUCAAUGAAAAUUACAACAAAUUUGAUUAUUUAAGAGAACGUGCAAUAGUUACACCACGAAAUACUACAGUAACAGAAAUAAACAAUUAUGCUAUAAAUUUAUUGCCAGGUAAUGUGAGUACUUACCUAAGCUCAGAUACUAUUGUUCAAAAUUCAAAAAAUCAUGAAAAUAUGGAUGUUUUAUAUCCAACAGAAUUCUUAAAUAAAUUGGAAUUUCCUGGAUUACCAUCGCAUAAAUUAAUUUUGAAGAUCGGAAUGCCUAUUAUGUUAUUAAGAAAUUUAAAUCAACGAUCUGGAUUAUGUAAUGGUACAAGAUUAAUAAUAACAGCAUUAUUUGAUAGAUUAAUAGAAGCAAAAAUAUUAACAGGAACAAAUAUAAAUCAAAAAAUUUUUAUACCUAGAAUUGUUCUUACAGCUACUGAAAAUAAGUGGCCAUUCAUUUUUAAAAGACGACAAUUUCCAGUUAGACCAUGUUAUGCUAUGACAAUUAAUAAAAGUCAAGGUCAAUCUUUAAAUCAAGUUGGCAUAUAUUUACCUGAACCUGUUUUUACUCACGGACAAUUAUAUGUUGCACUUUCAAGAGUUACAUCAAGAAAUGGUUUAAAAAUUUUAAUAAAUAAUAGUAAUAAUAUACCAAAUAAAUACACUAAAAACAUAGUGUACAAAGAUGUGUUACUAAAUUUAUAAAUCAAAACAUACAUUAUAUAAUGUUAAUAUAUAAUGUAUGUUUUCAUCU